AUGGCGGACGUGGCGAAACGGGGCGGUGGGCAACGGCGAACAGUCCGUAUGCAUCAGGAUAGCUCCCAGAUUCAAAACUUCUUGAAUCCUGUGACAGGCCUUCGCGACGCUCAAAGACGUGCGGGCGCGAAACCAAGCGACCAUUCGCGCAACAAUCGACAAGCCGUGAAGGAGCUGUCGGAGCUCAACAGGAUCAUGAAGCUGGAGAAGCAGGCGGAGGCCGACGCCCAGCGCAGACCCAAGCCAUCGAAGUCGAGGUCGCAAAACCCCAAGCAAGUUCCUCCCGGGCAGCGUGACUACAUCUCCGAGAACAUCCGCGACGCUGCGUGCUCGCGACCCGUCAAGCCAACCUCCGAGGCCGACGACAGCGAGUAUCUCAUGAAGCCGGACUACGGCCGCGUGCCGAUGUACCUGCGUGAACGUCAGAUAGAACUCGCCGCCGACAAGGCCAGGCGGCUGGCGGCAGCGGAGGCAGAGCAAGUUCCGGAGGGCAUGCGUGUGCUGAGUGAGCAGGAGCGGCUCGAGACCCUGCAGCUCCUGCAAGAGGACCACGCGGAGGUGGAGCGCAAGAUCCGCGCGCUUCCCUUCAUUGUCGAGACGCCGUCGCAGAUCAGGUACAAGGCCGAGCUGGAAGAGAGGCUCAAAGAAAUCGAGGAGGCGGUGACCAUGUUCUCGCGUUCGCGAGUCCUUGUGCGGGACGUGUAA